GGAUUCGUGUAUCCCAGUGGAACUGAAGUUUUCACCGACGCUGACAAUGUAGCGGCUUGAAGAUGAAAGCACGUCAGUUGGAAGCAGGGAUUUCCUGUUAAAACUCUUUAAUGUAUAAUAUUCAACUUUAUUUUGUUUUUCAAGGACACAAGGAGACCCGUGGGGGAAGUUGAUGAAGUCCCCGCCUGGCGUGGGGCGAAGAGACUAUUGCAGGGCUUCAGUCAGAAAGUGCACGAGAUCAUUUUGCCGAGUGAUAAGGAGCGAGGGAAAUUGAUUUUUCACCUUUUUUUUCACCCAGCGUCUGAAGUUUUUGCUGGGUUGAGAAAAGAAUGGAGACGCGGAUAGCUCUCCAUAGAUUCUUCGGACUUGUCAUCUUUUCAGUUUUAAUACUGAAUCUGAUAAAUGUCGCCGGCGGCUCCAGGGUGUGGGGUGACGUCGCUCUGCCCGAGGACCUGGAGGCCGGCCAGGGGGACCGGCGGUGGAGGCGGUUUCUCGCCGAGUCCGACGACGAGGACUUCGCUCUGGAGGACUACUCGGGAGAGGGACCCAGCGGUGAGGAGGACGGGAGCACCCCAGAACCCACCGAUAUCGGGGUGGAGGUCACGCCCACGCCCACGCCCAUGCCCACGCGCAUCCCCACGCCCACGGGCACGCUCGUCGUCGCCACAAUCUACUACCGCGCCCUGGUCAACUUCACACGCUCGAUUGACUACAGUCCCGAGCUGGAGGACAUAUACUCUGACAACUUCCAGAAGGUCGCGGACGUCAUUGUGGAAAAGCUGGAGUCUCUGUACAGCAAGGUCGCAGGGUUCCAGACUAUCAGUGUGGUCCUCAUCAAGAAGGUGGGCGCCAGCGUCCUCGUGGAGCUGGACGUCGGCUCGGACUACAAUUCCAACGACAAGGAGAUCCGCAACGUCCUGUACACGGCCGUGAAGAAGGGCACCGUCGCCCCGUACACCACCUCCGUGGAGGGGUUCCAGUUCCGCCGCCUGGGAGAAGUGGUGCCCAGUCGCCGGGCCUGCAUGGAGGAUGAGUUCAUGUGCCUGGACGGGAACUGCAUCUUGCUGGAGUACCUGUGCGACAAGCGUCCCGACUGCGUGGACAUGAGCGACGAACUGGACUGCGAUCAGAUCACUUCGCCUGAUGCCAGUCCCACUCCUACCGUUACACCCCCAGACCGCAGGCCCCCGUCACCCCCGAUGCCCGGCCCGUGUCGGCUGGACCAGGCCAGGUGUCCCAGUGGUCAGUGCAUCCCCCGGGACUACCUGUGUGACGGAGAGAAGGACUGUCCCGACGGCAGCGACGAGAUCAAGUGUGGAACCCCCUCCCCCUGUGAGCCCAACGAGUUCAAGUGCCAGAACGGCCGCUGCGCCCUGAAGCUGUGGAGGUGCGACGGGGACAACGACUGCGGGGACCACUCUGACGAGCAUUACUGCCCCACCAAAGGCCCGGGAGACACCUGCGCCCCGGAGCAGUUUGUGUGCCUGGGUGACAACACCUGCAUCCCGGCCAGCUACCAGUGCGACGAGGAGCCCGACUGCGCCGACCGCUCGGACGAGGUGGACUGCGCACCCCCUGUUGUGACCAACCCCCCAGAAGAGAUGAUCACAGUGCCGCGUGGGGAAAUGGUGACCUUCACCUGCGUGGCCGUGGGGGUCCCCACCCCCAUCAUCACCUGGAGGCUCAACUGGGGUCACAUCCCCUCCAGCAGCAGAAUCUCCAUGACCAGCGAAAACGGUCAGGGCACCUUGGUCAUCCGGGACGUGAAGGACGCGGACCAAGGAGCGUACACCUGCGAGGCCAUCAACGCCAAGGGCAUGGUGUUCGGCAUCCCCGACGGGGUUCUGAGUCUCAACCAGAGAGCAGCUAACUGUCCCGACGGGCAGUUCGGCGUGGCCAGAAACUCGCGCUGCGUCUCCUGCUUCUGUUUCGGCGUCACCAAGACCUGCCAGGGCACCAGCCGACACCGCAGCCAGAUCAAGCUGCACUUCGACAAAGAAGGCGACUUCAAAGGGGUCAACGUGUCGUUCCCCUCCCGGCCGGCCACGCCCCCCCUCAUGACUAACCAGUACCAGAUCGAUCCGGAAUCUCGGGAGUUCCAGCUUGUGGAUUUGUCCCGCCGGUUCCUGAGCCUGGACUCCCAUUGGACGCUGCCUCGCCAGUUCCUAGGAAACAAGAUCGACGCCUACGGGGGGUUCCUGAGGUACAAGGUGCGCUACACGCUGCCCCGGGGGGAGACGGAGCCCCAGGAGAAGCCCGAGGUCGUCCUGGUGGGGGACGGGCGACGGCUGAUCUACCGGAGGAGCAACCCCACCCCCCCUCGAGCCAUCAAUCAGAAGGCCAUCAAGUUCACCGAGGAACACUGGCAGCAUUCCUCUGGGCGGCCGGUGACUCGCCAGGACCUGAUGAUGACCUUGGUCAAGCUGGACAGCAUCAACAUUCGCACCAUGUACAACAAGCGCAUGGUCACCUUGGCCCUGAGCGACAUCACCAUGGACACCACCAGCACGCAGAGUAGCACCCUGGGCCCCGCCCAAGAGGUGGAGGAGUGCAGGUGUCCCAAAGGGUACUCGGGCCUGUCCUGUGAGACCUGCUCUGCUGGUUUUCAGCGAACGCCCGGCGGCUCUUACCUGGGCACCUGCGCCGGCUGCAGCUGCAACGGGCACGCCAGCUCCUGCGAUUCCGUCACUGGACACUGUGUGAGCUGCCGUCACAACACCGAGGGCCCGACGUGUGACAAGUGCCGACCGGGUUUCUACGGCAACCCGCUGCGAGGUCGGGCGGACGACUGCAAGCCCUGCCCGUGCCCGCACGCCGAGCCGUCUCGCCGGUUCUCUGCCACCUGCUUCCUUGACCAUGACUCCCAGGCCACGUGUGACGCCUGCAGGACUGGAUACACCGGACGCCGGUGUGAAAGAUGUGCCGCUGGCUACCAGGGGAACCCCCUUCAGCCCAACGGCAAAUGUGUUCCAAAAGCCAGCUCUGUAGUAAUCCCUAGCAGGCUAAAGUGUGACAGCAGAGGGGUGGUGAACUCAAACAGCAGCCCAUGCAGCUGCAAGCCCAAUGUGGAGGGUGAGCUGUGCGACGAGUGCAAGGCCGGCUCCUUCCACCUGACGGAGGACAACCCCGACGGCUGCCUGCAGUGCUUCUGCAUGGGCGUGACCAAGCAGUGCGGCAGCUCCACCUGGAACAGAGACCAGGUACAAGGUAAUGGUGAUGGGAAGAACUUUGCCCUCUCCGACGGAGCCAACACCAGGACCAUCACGGAGGGCAUCAUCCAGAAGGAUGGCUCCGAGGUGGCCUUCCGAACCUUCGCCAGUAUCCCCAGUGACGUCUACUACUGGGUCCUACCUGAGAGUUUCCGCGGAGACAAGGUGACCGCGUACGGAGGAGAGCUGCGGUACACCGUGCGCUACGAGCCCCGCCCGCGUUUCGUGAUAACCACUGGGAAACCAGACGUGAUUCUCCAGGGCAACGGCAUCUUCCUGGAGCACUUUUCCAAAACCAGACCCCUGGCCCGCACCCCGACCACCAUCAGCGUGCGAUUCAGGGAGUCUGCGUGGAAGCGUGCUGACGGACAACCCUGCACUCGUGAGCACCUCCUCAUGGCCCUCGCUGAAACUGCAGUCUUCAUGAUCAGAGCCACCUACACUGACAGCAUGUCUGUGAGCAGCAUUUCGGACAUCGAGAUGGACGUUGCAGUACCUCACUCCACAGGCAGGGGGCGGGCCCUGGAGGUGGAGGAGUGCGCCUGUCCGCAGGGGUACAAAGGGCCCUCCUGUCAGGAGUGCGAUGAGGGGUACACCCGCACGGGAUCGGGGCUCUACCUGGGCACCUGUGAGGAGUGCAGCUGCAACGGGCACGCCAGCGACUGUGACCCCGAAUCUGGGGAGUGCCUGCAUUGCCUUCACCACACUGAGGGUCCAAACUGCGAGCGCUGCGUUCCCGGGUUCUACGGUGACCCCAAAUCUGGCGGCGCAACAGUCUGUCAGCCCUGCCCCUGUCCCGGCAUCUCCCCAAACAACCAGUACUCCCAGCAGUGUUACCUGGACUCAGACAACCAGCCCACCUGUGACAGCUGUCCUCCGGGCUUCUCUGGCCGACGCUGCGAGAGAUGUUCUGCGGGAUACACUGGGAAUCCACUGCUGGGUCUGCCCUGUGUUGUCGGCAACGGAAACUGUGGUAGCUGUGACCAUAGAGGAAGUGAUGGUUGUGAUGGAAAUGGUGUCUGUCACUGCAAGGCACACGCAGAGGGGCCCUCGUGCAGCUUGUGUAAACAGGGCUUUUUCCACCUGAGCUCCGCCCAUAAAGAUGGCUGCCUUCCCUGCUUCUGCAUGGGCGUCGCCCAGCAGUGCUCCAGCUCCUCCUACUACAGGGACACAGUGUCCUCCAGCUUCGCCCCGGGCGACUUCCAGGGCUUCGCGCUGGUGAACCGGCAGCGCACGGACCGCGUCGCCGCGGGCUUCACGGUGGAGGUGGCCGUGGACGGCGGCACCCAGCUGUCCUUCAGCCACUUCGCCAGCCUGCGGCCCGAAUCCCACUACUGGCAGCUCCCGGAGGCCUACCGGGGGGACAAGGUGGGCUCUUAUGGUGGUCGUCUGAGGUACACCCUCGGCUAUGUCGCCAGUUCCAGCGGGACACCCAUCGAUGAUGCUGACGUCCAGAUAAUUGGCAAUGACAUCACGCUGGUGGCUCGCCAGCCUUGGCCGAGGACACAGGAAGUGCGAGAGUCCCGCGAGUUUCAGAUCGUCUUCAAAGAGGAGUACUGGCGCCGCCCGGAUGGGAUGCCCGCCACCCGCGAGCACCUGAUGAUGGUCCUGGCGGAUCUGGACGAGGUCCUGAUCCGCGCAUCCUACUACACCGACAUGCUGUCGUCCAGCAUCUCGGGCGUGAGCAUGGAGGUGGCCAGGCCCAGCUACAGCGCUGGGACCCAGGCCCUGGAGGUGGAGCAGUGUCACUGCCCUCCCGGGUACCAGGGCCUGUCCUGUCAGGACUGCGCUGCUGGGUACACACGCACAGGGACUGGCCUGUACUUGGGUCACUGUGAGCGCUGCAAGUGCAACGGGCACUCUGCCUCCUGCCACUCAGAAACGGGCAUCUGCAUGGGCUGUCUCCAUAACACCGCGGGUGAGCUGUGUGAACGGUGCGCCCCAGGUUUCUAUGGCGAUGCCACCACUGGAAGCCCUGAGGACUGCCAGCCCUGUGCCUGUCCGUACGCUGACCCUGACAACCAGUUUUCCCCCACCUGUGAGGCCCUGGGUGUUGGGGGGUACCAGUGCACCGCCUGCCAGCCCGGGUACACCGGACAGUACUGCGAGCGCUGUGCUCCCGGAUUCGUGGGAAACCCCCGGGAGAGGGUCAGGUGCCGCCCGUACGAAAACAGCGCGGAGUCCCUGGUGGUGAGGGUUUACCCCGAAAGGGUGCUGGCAUCCCAGGGCAGUCCCGUGACUCUGAGGUGUCAGAUGACCUCCUCUCCGCCCCACCAUUAUCAGUGGUCCCGGGAAGAUGGCCGCCCUCUGUCCAGCAGCGUGGAGAGACGCAGCUCUCAGCAAAGUGAGGAGCUGUAUUUCUCCAGUGUCCAGCCCAGCGAUGCAGGUGUUUAUAUCUGCACCUGUCGAGACCAGAAUGGUACUAACAAGAGUCGGGCCCAGAUUGUGGUGACCACUGGUUUGUCCAAACCAAUUCAAGUGGUGAUUGAGGAACCCAAAGCACAGAGUGUGACUGCUGGCUCAACAGUCAGCUUCAUCUGCACAGCCAAGAGCACGUCACCAGCGUACACCCUGGUCUGGACCCGUCGCAACAACGGCAAGCUGCCCAGCCGUGCCAUGGACUUCAACGGCAUCCUGACCAUCCAGAACAUCCAGCCGGACGACGCCGGCAUGUACGUGUGCACCGCCUCCAACAUGUUCGCCAUGGACGAGGGCACCGCCAUCCUCUAUGUCCCAGAAGCCUCUCAGACUCAGAUGUUUUACACAGCCUAUGAAAUGUUUGAAGGACAUAGAGCGCCUGCGGGGGGGUCCCAGCCCGUGGCCGCCGUCAGCCCCCCCGUUCUGACCAUCCAGCAGGGCCAGCGGGCCGAGUUCCGCUGCACCGCGACCGGGACCCCCACACCCGCCGUGGAGUGGACCGGCGGGCAGGGAAACCGCAUCACUCCCAGUGCCAUCAUCCGGGGAGGGGUCCUGGUCAUCCCUGCAGUGGAGCGCUCGGACGAGGCGGAGUACUUCUGCAGGGCGCUGAACACACACGGGGAACACACCGCCCGGGCGGUGCUCUACGUCCACAGUGCUAGUCUUCCACAUGUCCAGGUGAGCCCCCAGCAGGUGGAGGUGCGUGAAGGGGAGACGACGAGGCUGUACUGCCGGGCCGGGGGAACGCCCAGCCCAGACCUCACCUGGAGGAAGAAGGACGGACAGCUCCCCCCUCAGGCCCGUAUGGAGCGCACCGACAUCGGCACCCUGCUCAUCCCUAACGCGCGGGCCACGGACUCCGGCACCUACCUGUGCGUGGGCACCAACGCCGCCGGGUCCUCCGAGGCCCGCGUCCAGGUGACCGUGGUCCCAGGGGAUUCCAUCUCCUCUGCUAUCAGGAUCCAGCCUUCCAUCGCAUCUGUGCAAGUAGGACAGUCGCUGGACCUCAACUGCAUUGUCCCCGGAAACCCUCCACCCUCUGUCACCUGGCAACGGGUGGGCAGGCCCCUUUCCUCCAAUCACAAGGUUCUGGGGAGCCAGAUGCGUAUUCUCCAGGCUUCUGAGGAUGACUCUGGGGAGUAUAUCUGCCAGGUGGAUGGUGGCCCAGUGCUCAGACAGGCCUCAGUGUCUGUGUCGGUCACGUCCAGCUCCUCUCGCUCGCCGACCCCCAUUGUCUCCAUCGAGCCGCACAGCACCUCGGUGCGCCUGGGCGAGUCCGUCAGCCUCCGGUGCCGCGUCCACAGCGGAGCGCAGCCCGUGCGCAUCGAGUGGAGGAUGUCCAACGGCCAGCCUCUGCAAGAUAAUGUGAAAAUUGGUCCGGAUGGUUCUGUCAUCACCGUCGUCAGGAGUCGCCCCAGUAACCAGGGUACCUACCGGUGUUCCGCCAGCAACCUGUUUGGGAUAACUCAGAGCCUGGCCUCGCUCAUUGUAAAAGAGCCGCCCAGAGUUACCGUCACACCCAAGGGGGUGGUGGUGGUGAAGGCGGGCGAGCCAAUCAACCUCGAAUGCAAGGCGACAGGUGAGCCACGCCCAUCCGUGAGCUGGCACAGACUCGACGCCGCCCGCAAAACAGUACUGAACAGUCCCGUGCCCAUGGAAUCCAAUGCUGUAAUGCAGGUGCUCGCUGCCCGCCCCGAGGAUUCUGGGACUUACAGCUGCACGGCGCAGAACAGCGAGGGCUCUGCGGAGGUGAAGGUGGAGGUGAUGGUUCGGGGGGGGGCCCUGGUGCCCUCCGCCCCCCGCGCCUCGGUGCCUGAGCCCUUAAUGAUGGUAGUCGAGGGGCAGACUGUCACUCUUCGCUGCGAUGGCCACGGUCAUCCCACCCCGACCAUCACGUGGUCGAAGCUGCGAGCCCCGCUCCCCUGGAAGCACAAAGUGAUCAACGACAGCCUGGUCCUGCCCGUCGUCGGGCGCCAGGACUCCGGCCAAUACAUCUGCAACGCCACCAAUAGCAUGGGCACCGCCGAGGUCACCGUUAUGCUGGACGUGGAGACCCCGCCAUACGCCACAUGCCUGCCGGACGACCUGUCGGUGCGGGUGGGGGAGGUGAUUCGGCUGCAGUGCCUGGCCCACGGGACACCGCCCCUGCGGUUUGAGUGGUCCAAGGUGGACGGCAGCGUCCCCACCAGGGCACAGGUACAGGCCGGGGACCUCCAAAUCAACCUGGCCACGGAGGCGGAUGCCGGCACCUACCGGUGCAAGGUCACCAACAACGUGGGCUCCAGCGAAGCCCGGGCUAAAGUCUCGGUCACGUCCCCCCUGGCAGUGCGCGUGUCCCCCCAGGUGGAGGUGAAGACGCCGGGCGGCUCCGUGGAGUUCACUUGCUCGGCUAACGGCGGCGAGCGGACCUCCGUCGUGUGGCUGAAGGAGGGCGGGGACUUGCCCCCGAACCACCGCGUGGUGGACGGGGUGCUGAGGAUGGAGAGUCUGGAGCAGAGCGACGCGGGAUUCUACAUCUGCCGCGCCACCAGCGAGUUUGGGCAGGCCCAGGACACCGCCAAGCUCACCAUCCAAGCCUUGCCCAAGGUGAUGAUCAACAUCCGCACCUCGGUGCAAACGGUGAUGCUGGGUAACUCCGUGGAGUUUGACUGCCAGGCCAUCGGGGACCCCAAGCCCACCGUGAGGUGGAGCAGGGUGGGGGGGUCGCUGCCCGCCCACGCGGUGGUGCUGGGGGGCAUGCUGAAGAUCGAGCAGGUGAAGGACAUCGACGCGGGCCAAUACCGCUGCACCGCCACCAACAACGUGGGCUCUGUGCAGUCCCAGGUGCUCCUUCACGUCCAGUCUCUUCCCCAAAUCACUGCCCAGCCUGAGGUGAAGGACGUGACUCUGGGGUCUAGUGCGGUCUUCCCUUGCAUGGCCACAGGGUAUCCUGUCCCAGAGGUCAAAUGGUCCAAGAAGGAUGAAGAGCUGCCAUCCAAAGCCGUGGAGGAGGCCAAUGUCCUGACCAUCCCAAACGCGACGGCCGAGGACUCUGGAGCGUACGUGUGCACUGCUUCCAACAAACAGGGGAAAGUCCAGGCCUUCUCUACGCUCAGAGUGCACGAGCGAGUGGUGCCUUACUUCACCCAGACCCCUCUCUCCUACCUCACGCUGCCCACCAUUAAGAAUUCUUACAAGGCAUUCAACGUCAAAAUCAGCUUCCGGCCCGACACCACCGAUGGCAUGAUGGUCUACAAUGGGCAGAGGAAGACCACGGGCGCUGACUUCAUCUCGCUGGGGCUUGUGGGAGGUCGUCCAGAGUUCAGGUUCGACGUCGGCUCGGGCAUGGCCACCAUUCGCUACCCCACCCCCAUCAAGCUGGGGGAGUUCCACACGGUGGAGAUCUACCGCAACCAGACCCAGGGCUCCAUGGUGGUGGACGGGGGGCCCCCUGUGAACGGCAGCUCACAGGGAAAAUUCCAGGGCUUGGAUCUGAACGAGGAGCUGUACGUGGGCGGUUACCCAAACUACAGCCUCGUUUCCAAAACGACAGGCCUCAAAAGUGGCUUUGUGGGAUGUAUCCGUCAGCUGAUCAUCCAAGGUGAUGAGGUCAUUUUCAAAGUCCUGGACCGCAGCUCCACCGGGGUUUCCAAUUGUCCCACUUGCAAAGAUCGUCCGUGUCAGAACGGAGGUGUGUGUCGAGCCUCGGAGACGAGCAGCUAUAAGUGUGACUGCGCACGAGGAUUCACUGGGAGCAACUGUGAACACCACUCCGCCCUGCACUGUCACACAGAGGCCUGUGGACCAGACGCUACGUGCAUCAACCGCCACAACGGCCUGGGCUACGACUGCCGCUGCCACCUGGGCAAGUCUGGGGACAAGUGCAUGGAGGGCACUUUGGUGACCACGCCCUCGUUCGACGGCGAUGACUCCUUCAUCGCCUACCCGCCCCUCACCAACAUCCACAACGACCUGCGGGUGGAGCUGGAGUUCAAGCCCCUGGACCAGGAUGGGCUCAUGUUCUUCAGCGGGGGGAAGAAGAUGAAGGUGGAGGACUUUGUGUCCCUCUCCCUUGUGGACAGUCACGUGGAAUUCCGCUACGAGCUGGGGACAGGCAUGGCGAUCCUACGCAGCCAGGAGCCCGUGACCCUGGAACAGUGGCACCGCGUCACCGCCGAGCGCCUCAACAAAGAUGGCUUCCUGAAAGUGGACCAGGCUCCGGAGGUCAGGAGGUCGUCUCCGGGGAAGGCGCAGGGCCUCAACAUCCACACGCCCAUGUAUCUGGGCGGAGUCCCCAGCAUGGACAUCCUGCCCAAAGCGGCCAACGUCAGCAUGCUGUUCGAGGGCUGCAUAGGGGAGGUGCUGGUCAAUGGGAAGAAGGUGGACCUGUCCUACAGCUUCCUGGAGAGCCGGGCGGUCGGGGAGUGCUCUGAGAGCAGCCCCUGCGAGCGGCGGCCAUGUCUGCACGGGGGCACCUGCCUGGCCAGCUCAGAGGACCAGUACCAGUGCCUCUGCCAAGAUGGCUUCCAAGGUGAGCGUUGUGAGGUAGUGAAGGACACCUGUCAGCACAGCGCCCAGUGUCUGAACGGGGGCACCUGCUCCGACCACCGCUGCGUGUGUGCCCCUGGGUACACGGGCCUGUUCUGCGAGAGUGAUUCCCCAGUUCAGUAUGCUGCGUAUUUUCAUGAUGAUGGGUACCUGACUCUGCCAAAGCCAAUCUUUCCCAGAAGCUCACCAGACGCCCCCGAGACCAUCGAGCUGGAGAUCCGCACCGUCUCCCCGGAGGGCCUGAUCCUGUGGCAGGGGGUGGAGCCGACGGGCGCUUUGCGCAAGCUGCAUGCUAGACGCAAGGAACUUGGAGAUCAAGGAAAAGGCAAAGACUUUAUAAGUCUUGGUUUACAAAACGGUCAUCUUGUUUUCAGUUACCAGCUGGGCAGCGGAGAGGCAGAGAUUAUCUCUAAAGAGCCCGUUAACGAUGGCAACUGGCACAAGCUAACCGCAGUGAGGACCGGUAAACAAGGCUACCUCCAAGUUGACGGAGGCGCCCCACGGAAAGGACAGUCACGGGGCAGAAUGAUCAUGGUGGACACCAAAGGCAACAUAUUCCUGGGCGGGGCUCCGGACAUGACGGCGCUGACGGGCGGGAAGUUCUCCUCGGGGGUCACGGGGUGCAUACGGAACGUGGUGCUGGCGAACGCGCGGCCCGGCGAGCGGCCGUUCAGGCCCGUGGACCUGCGCACCCACGCCGCGGACGGCGUCGACGCGGAGCGCUGUCCGUCGUAGACGGCGAGCGGAGACGGGAGCCAUGAAGACUUCCGCUUAAAACAAACACAGCUUUUCAGACACACACACUCAGGCUUUUUACUCACAAACACAUUCAAACUCGUGACAGGAUAAUGGUGCUCAGCUGUUAAGGACUGCUAACCAAAACCAAAGCAUUAGUCUCUCCCCUUGGUGCUGUAUAAAUACAAAAAAAAAGACUGAUGAAAAAAUAAUAUUAGCCAUUUUUCACAAACUUAAUUUUUGCAUUUUUAAUGAAGGACUCUUACUAAAGAGCAUCAAUUUCAGUCUACAUAUUUCCUGCAGUAGCAUUUAACUACGAAGAAAAAGUUAGGCCUUUAACAGUGGUGUAGAUCUGGAACUGAAGAUGCUUUUAGCACUGAAUCUUAUUUAUACACAUACAUGCACACACACACACAUACACAUGCACACAC